AUGUCAGCGCCAUAUGCUUUAUUUGAUAUCAGACUUGAACGAGAUUUUGUUGUCUUUUGGGGCAAUCAAUACGAAUCUUCAGAUCAGAUCGUCAAGGGGGUCGUAGUUCUUUGCUUACAGUCGCCUCUCAAGCUUGAAGACGUCAGAGUCCGCUUGGAUGGGACAGUUCGUCACUCGUGGUUGACAGAUCCUGGUGUAGCCCAAAAUACCAACAUCUUUAAGUACAAAUGGCCUUCACUCGUAGGAGCUAGAGGUAAAGGCAUGAACCUACCACCUGGUAAUUAUGAGUGGCCCUUCGAACUCGUCCUACCAGGCGACACACCAGAGAGCCUCGAAGGUAUUCCGGACGCUGGUAUUACCUAUACUCUACGGGCAACUAUCAACAGAGGCAAGCUAGCUCGGCAUAUCAGCUGCGUUAAAAGGCUCCGAAUCAUCCGCACGUUGGCCCCGACUGCUCUUGAGUUCAUGCACAGCGUGAGCGUAGAGCAAACCUGGGUUAACAAAGUGGACUACUCGAUAUCCAUACCAAAUAAAGCGGUCACGUUCGGCGGCUCUGUACCUUUGGAGAUACGCCUUACGCCACUGGCCAAAGGUAUCGACCUGCAACGGAUCGUGGUGAAAUUGGUCGAGUUUCAUGAAUUCAGCAUGCAUAGUAGGCAUUACGUCUAUACUCGAGAACACAAGAGCCAGCGUGAAGUCAAUCAUUGGGACAUCGAUGUUUCGACAGAGCAGUACUGGCAUGAUAAUAUUGAAGAAACGAAUCAAGAAGGUUGGGUCAUCAAGCAAGCACUAGAGCUUCCCAAGACGCUAGCGGAAUGUUCCCAGGAUAUUGACGCCCAUGGGAUAAAGAUCUACCAUAAGCUCAAGUUACAUAUUCCCAUUCGGAAUCAAGAUGGGCACGUUUCACAUCUUGACAUGGGCAUUCCCAUCUACAUAUUCAUAUCGCCAUUGGUCAACCUCGAUAAUCAAGGAAAUAUGACCAGUCAAUCGCCUAGCACAGUGAAUCAAGAGAGUGACUUUGUCGGACCACCUUUAUAUGGCGAUCAUGUUCUUGACCAGCUCUACAGUACACUUGAGACUUUGCAAGGACCUGUUCAGAACACACAGCCAGACUCGAUAGAUAUAGGCACAGCACAAAACAGGACUCGUCUCGAACCAGGCCGGAUAAACAACAGUCAAGCCAGUCCAUCGCGUAGCUCGUCCGAGUCAGUUUCCACUGAUUCGGACGAGUUGCUAGAGCUCAGUAGAGUACCAACAUAUCGUACUGCCCUGCGAGCUCCGUCACAAUGUCACAAUCAGCCCCCCGGGUACGAAGAUACAACAUAA